CUUCCGAGAGGUGCAGAGAGGGGCGGUCGCUAUCUGGCCCUAACCUCGUCCCGUCGCUUCUGCUGGCCCGAGUCACGACUGCUUUCGCCGGGUCCAGCCUCCGUGGCUGGGGCGUCGCGGGACGUUGGGCGCGUGCAGCGGACCGUCCCAGAGCCCGCCGCUCGCGCCUGACGCCUCAAGGUAUGGGGGAGGAUGAACUAGUUGCUAACAUUAAGACUGAAAAACGUUAAGUUUAAAAGAAAAAAAAAAAAAACAACUUCACAACGUGUGUAGAAAAAUCACCUGGCAGUACUGGACCCAGAAUCCUGUGUGAUGUCAACCACCUAGAGCUGCCCACUUUAGAUAGGGUCUCUCUACAUAGCCCAGGCUGUCCUGGAACUCACUAUAUAGAACAAGCUGGCCUCAAACUUGAAGAGAUCUGCCUGUGUCUUGUCUCCCAAGGGACUAAAGUGCUGGAGAUAGAACCCAGGACAUCAUAUGUGUAAGCCCAUGUCUCUACAUUGAAAUGGCUGAAGUCCACAGGGUUGGCCACCUGAUCCCACUGAUAUGCUCAGAGCUACACUUAUUCCCAGGCUGCUGUGACAACUCGGUGGCCCCACCAUGUCCAGGCGUCAGGCCCAGGAGCAGGCAGUGGAUUCUGAGGGAGACUCAUCCCUAUACAGGAGAGACGAGGAGGGGACCCAGAGCUCCCACCGCAUGCUGGGCUUCAGUGAUGCACUGCUAUCCAUCAUCGCCACUGUCAUGGUCAGUGUUGGGCCCACCUCAAACCCACCCCUGGUUUCUGCAGCAGCGUCAGAUGCCCAAGCCUUUCAUGAAGAUCCUGCCUGUGACCCACACAGAGAUCUCACCAGAACAGCAAUUUGACAAAAGUAUACAGAAACUUCUAGCUACUAGGAUUGCAGUCUACCUGAUGACAUUUCUGAUCGUAACUGUGGCAUGGGCAGCACAUACCAGAUUGUUCCAGGUUGUUGGGAAAAUAGAUGAUACACUUGCCUUGCUCAACCUGGCCUGUAUGAUGACCAUCACCCUUCUACCCUACACAUUUUCUCUAAUGGUGACGUUCCCUGAUGUGCCCCUGGGCAUCUUCCUGUUCUGCAUGUGUGUGAUUGCCAUUGGAUCUGUGCAGGCACUAAUUGUAGGGUAUGCUUUCCACUUCCCACACCUGCUGAGUCCACAGAUCCAGCACUCUACACACAGGGCCCAGUCCCGGCGGCAUAUCCUGCGCCUAGUCCUCCGUGGCCCAGCACUGUGUUUUGUUGCAGCUGUCUUUUCACUCUUCUUCUUUCCCUUGUCAUAUGUGCUGAUGGUGACUGUCAUCUUCCUCCCUCAUAUCAGCAAGGCUACCGCCUGGUGCAAAGACAAGCUCAUGGGCCACAGGGAGUCUCCAGCUCACAAUGUGGAGCCCUUCAGUAUUGAUCUGCAUGCGCCCCUCAGCAAAGAACGGGUGGAAGCUUUCAGUGACGGUGUCUAUGCCAUCGUGGCCACACUCCUCAUCCUGGACAUCUGUGAGGACAACGUUCCGGAUCCCAAGGAUGUGCAAGAGAAAUUCAGUGGCAGCCUUGUGACUGCCCUGGGUGCAUAUGGGCCACAAUUCCUGGCAUACUUCGGCUCCUUUGCUACAGUGGGUCUGCUCUGGUUUGCCCAUCAUUCACUCUUCCUGCAUGUCCGGAAGGCUACACAGACCAUGGGGCUAUUCAACAUACUGUCACUGGCCUUUGUGGGUGGCCUCCCUCUGGCCUACCAGCAGACCUCAGCUUUUGCCCGACAGCCCCGCGAUGAGCUUGAGCGUGUGCGUGUCAGCUGUGCCAUCAUCUUCUUGGCCAGCAUCUUCCAGUUUGCCAUCUGGACUGCAGCCCUGCUACACCAGACAGAAACACUGCAGCCAGCUGUGCAGUUUGGUGGGCAGGAGCAUGCUUUCAUGUUUGCCAAGCUUGCACUGUACCCCUGUGCCAGCCUGCUGGCCUUUGCUGCCACCUGCCUGCUGAGCCGGUUCAGCACAGCCAUCUUCCACCUCAUGCAGAUUGCAGUGCCCUUUGCCUUCCUGCUGCUCCGUCUCCUUGUACGCCUUGCCCUGGCAGGCCUUCACGUCCUAUGGGAACUCCGGCCAGAGCACCUUCAACCAGACCAGGGUGAACCUGAGGCACAGUCUCAGCUUUUGCCUGCCCCCUGCUAAUGCCAAGGAAGCUACACCUGCCCAUCCCAGGCAUACUGUAAGGGGUCCUAUGGAGAUGGCUCAGUAGAAGUUUAUUGUGACUCUGGGGCUAUGGUUUUAUUGGCCUGGAUAUUGUGUACAUUGUGAAAUGUCAAGAUCUAUUUCAAGAGUAUGAACAUUGUUCACAUUUUGCAAUGAGAGAUUUCAUGGGAACUAA